GGCCCAGGCCCUUUGGGACCUACAUCCCCUUCCAGAUCGAAGGCGGAAAAAAAAAAAAAGGAAGAGAGAAGAGUGAGAGACAUAUACAUACGGAGAUCUCUGGAGCAGACCUCAAGGUGACCUUCAUUUCUAUCUGGUUCUCGUCUGGGGGGGCCCUGGUUGGGCAGCCCCCCCACAUUUCUCCUGUCCUGAAACACGGCUCUAGCCAACCUGCUUCGCUGCUUCACCUGCGAUCGUCUGUGUGGGGGCUGCACGGCGCCAGCCCCCCCAGCCCGCCAGGGCAUUGCCCUUCAGCCCGUCAUGCCCAGCUGCGAGCCUGGCCCGGGCCCUGCCUGCCUCCCCACCAAGACCUUCCGCAGCUACCUGCCUCGGUGUCAUCGUACAUACAGCUGUGUUCACUGCCGGGCACACCUGGCCAAGCAUGAUGAGCUCAUCUCCAAGUCCUUCCAGGGGAGCCAUGGCCGGGCCUACCUGUUUAACUCUGUGGUCAACGUGGGUUGUGGGCCAGCUGAACAGCGCCUCCUGCUCACUGGCCUCCACUCUGUGGCUGACAUCUUCUGUGAGAGCUGCAAAACCACCCUGGGCUGGAAAUAUGAGCAAGCCUUUGAAACAAGCCAGAAGUACAAGGAGGGAAAGUACAUCAUUGAAAUGUCGCACAUGGUGAAGGACAACGGCUGGGACUGAGGGGCUCAGGCAGGAUGCCCCAUCCGCAUGCCCCACACCCUGCCCCCAUACCAUGCCCCUGGCCUCGACAUGCUGUCCAUCCUCGCACCAGUACUGUCCCACCCCGCCCCCCUGGGGAAAACCCGGCUCUGUCUAGCCCCACCCUCCCACAUCCCUAUGGAGGCCCCCUUUGGAAGAGGGGUCUGGGCUGGUCUGGGGUAGCCUGGGGGGGAUGCUCAAGGGACAGGAAUAAUGGAUGGCAAUGGGGGGGUAAAAAAAGUUGGGGUAAUGGUUCUGGUUCCAGAGUCACAGAAUUCAGAUACUUCUGCCCUUGGGGUGUUUUGACAUUGGGAACUGGCAGGGUGGAACCUCUCCUUCCAGUAGGUAGGGGUUCAGAUCUGGCAUAGCCUCCAUAUGCUUGGGCAAAGAACUCUGCUACUGAGACACGCAGAGCCCAGUCUAGGACGAUGGCAGGUCCUAGGCCAUGGGCAAGUAGUAGGAGUUGGCCUCAGUGAUUGGAGCGAGACCGUCCUCCAGCUCUGGGAGUUAAAGGCUUCAGAAUGUGAUUGAAGCAGAAAGGCAGAGAAGACCUCAAUCCCAAGUCCUUGGAAGACACAGAAGGAUCACUGGGAUUUCCAUUUCACUUGUCACUUGUUAGGUUACCUUGGCACUAAUGAGGCACUUUUGCAUAUAUAAUCUUUGCCAUUGGGUUGGGUGGGGGAGGCUGCCCCCGUGACUUUCCUCCCCAGCUGGCUUUGUCACCAGGGGGCCACACGGGCUCCGGCUAGCGCUUCCUGGGACUCAGGCAACUGGGAAUGAGGUGGAAAAUCAGUGUCACAGGCCGGAUUUUCCUGUGGCUGCCACCAGCGCACGAAACUUUUGUAUUAAAAAGUGUUUGAGUUUAUUUUUAAU